AUGAACACGCGAAAGCAGCCUCGCAACAUCGCGGCUGCGACCGCCUUUGGAGCGGUGCUGAUGUGGUUCCUCGUGCCAGGCGCCAUGUCCCAAACUCAACCUGUAAUCCAAGGAGUCGGGGCGACAUUCCCAGCGUCGCUCUACACUACCCUUGCCGCCGUCUACUCGGCUUACGAUGUCAACUGGGACUAUGCAUACACUGGUACCAGUUCUGGUGCUGGCCGGACCUCUCUUGCAGCGGGCGCCCCGAACCUGACCUGGGCCGGAUCCGAUGUCGUUCCGUCCAACACCACCUAUGUCGGACCGGGCAACACCGCUGGCCAGUUCAUACCUGUUCCAUCGGUCAUCAGGCAAGUGUCCGGCAUUGCCAUCGUCUACCAUCUCAACAUCACCAAUCUCACACUGACCCGACAGAACGUUGCCGACAUCUUCACUGGCAAGAUCGCCUUCUGGAACGACCCCAGACUCGCCCAGAACAACCCAGCACUCUUGACCAUCAGCGCCCCGAUCCAGACGAUUGUGCGGAGCGGCUUGUCUGGAACAACGUCCAACUUCCAGUACGCACUGAACUCAUUCGACCCCACUCUGCGACUUCCAUCUCCACAAGUGUACCCGAUUGCCUCCUGGGGCAUCGCCAACCCGCCGUUCUACGCCGCAUCGAACACCAUACUCUCGGACGCCAUCCAGGUUGCUCCGUACACGAUCGGAUAUGUCGACUAUGCCGAUGGCUACAAUACACUGGCAUCGCUCGCACCGGGCCAGAGUCUGUAUUCUAUUGCCAGCAUCAUCAACCGAAACGGUGACACCGUGGCGCCUUCGAUUGCGAGUCUGAAUGUGGCCAUUUCAACCCCAAGCACCGCCAACAUCUCGGCCGUCUCUCAUUUCACAAACAACAUCAGCAGCAUCCUCCAGGCAACUUACAUCGAUUCGGCUACGCCAGGCGCCUAUCCGCUGAUGGCCCCGACGUACAUGUUCCUUCGGCAAGACUCCCAGCUCUACAACAUCACCGAGCCACAGAUGCGAGCCACAUUGCGUUUCCUGUUUUGGAUGGGCUUUGGCGGCACCGAGGCGAACAACUUUGUUCACUUUGGCGACGCCCGCAUCCGCCAGUUUGCAUUUGAUGCCCUCAAACUCGUCACACACAAUGGAAAGGCUCUCUACGAUCCUGCGUCGCCCUGUAAUCCGUAUUUUGAUGCCAACGGGACCUACAUCAGCGCCAAUUCGUGCAAGAACGGAUAUUGCAUCGUCGACGGACCCUUCCAGGACUCGUUCGUGACCCAGUGCGUCUGCGACGUCGGGUACUACAACAACCAAAGACUGGAUUGCUCUGAGCCAGCCUCGCCGUUUAUGCUCCUGCUUGCUGGGGUCAACAACAACAACAUUGUUAUCUUGGUUCUGCUUGUCGUCACUGGAGUCAUCAAUCUCGGCAUCUUUGCCCUGCUGGUGCUGUGGAGAAACAAGGCCAACAUCAAGGCCAUCUCGCCCAACUGCUGCUACAUCAUCAUGGUUGGAUCAAUUAUCGGCCAGCUCGGCGCCCUCUUCUAUUCGGCUCAACCAAGCAGCGUUGUGUGCUCCAGCCGGGUGUUCUUCCCGGUCGUGGCAUUCUCCUCCGUAUUCAGCAUGCUGCUGAUGAAGUCCUUGCGCAUAUACAUGAUCUUCGGCAACAAGCGCAUGCGUGUCUUCAAGACCCCAGACUGGAAACUCAUCCUCGGCACAGCGAUUAUCGUGGCCAUCGAGAUCAUCAUAUGCAUUGCCUUGGGCACAUCCUAUUCCUUGGUGUGUUCGGCCACUUCGGGCUCCACCGUUGCACCCGAGAUCCUGCUCUACGUCAUUAACGGGCUCGUCAUGAUCGGGUGCGUUGCUUUUGCGUUCCUGACCCGAGAGGCCCAUCAGCGCUUCCAAGAGUCCAAGGUCAUCGGCAUCUGCAUCUACAUGGUCUUCAUGACGCUCCUGCUGUGUUUGCCGAUCAUCUAUGUUCUGUCUGGCAGUGUCGACUCUCAAGCUCUGUUCGUGGUCGGCCGAGUGAUGCUUGGAUGCCUCAUCGUGGUGAUUUCGUCCCUGGUUCCGAUCAUCCUCUUUGGGGUGAGACUCGUCCAAACCUUCCGCAACGAACGAAGCGAGGCUUCCAGGUCUUCUCCGAGCUCAGUACCAACCGACAACAAUCGUUCUGCAAUUACAAGCCAGGGCAUGGCGGCAGCCAACGUCCUCGCCUAUGCAUACGACUGCAGUCUGCAGGGGCUCAAGUUUGGCGGUGCCUGGGUGUCUUCGAACGUGCUGGUGUUCACGACCUUGGACCUGAUCGAGUUUCGAGAGGCCGAUGCGGACGGAACCAUCCAGGCGAGCUUCCGCUUCUCGUCGUGUGAGUGCGAGCCUUGUCAACUGGCAGAGAACUCGGACUCGGAGAAGGCCCUGGCUCGCAGCGUCCGGCUCCGACGCAACAAGAUGGUGUACACACUCGAGUUUGGCUCCAAAGAAACGGCCCAGAUGUUCUUUGGCAACUUUGCCGACGUCAAGGUCAAGCGCAACAGUGUUUCUAAGCCGGGGCUGGGCGGCCUGGGCGGGUUGGGUGGACUGGGCGGAAUGGGUGGACUGGGCGGAAUGGGUGGAUCGGUCAAACGGGACACCACCGUCUUUGCGAUGCUCGACAAGCUGUCGGCCAUCGAUCAAUCUCAAAACAGUGUUAUCAAACCCGGUCUGUAUAUUUCAGAGAUCGACCGAACAACGUCAUCGUGAAAGAUUCACUCGGAAACAACCUGGGGGGAAAGGGUGCAGUACAGCCUCAUGGCUCGUUCACUGACAGACGGAGUAUCUGGCUGCUCGUCAGAAUACGACACCGAGAAAUCACGCCAUACAUGGAUAUGUCUGAUGUCUAUUGCAUAUCAGUAAGCCGCUCCCCAAACCAACAACAGGCAGUGGUAGUUGAUGUGAAUAAACACAGUCACCCGGUCUGUGCUCAAAAGACUGCUUCUCAAGAUGGGCUUUGCCAACGACGGCUGAUGGCAAUCGCAGCGAUGCGAUAUCUCAAUGGGACCCCAU